CCCCCGCUCCUGGUGCAGUCCCUGGCACGAUGUCGACGACCCAGCUGCACGACGCGCCAGCCCCGGCCGAGGCGUUCAAGGCCUCCCGGAGCCCGACCAUCUCGUCUGGCACGCAUGUGCCGGCUGAUGAGCUCAGCACGCCCGGUCCAGCCAAGGACGCUGCGGUGUUGCACGGAGGGGAGGGCCUGUCCGCCUUCCCGGAAGACAAGAAGGAAGAGGUGCUGGAGAACGCAGAGGAAGACUGGACGCACGACCCCAUCAACCCCCGGAAUUGGCCCUUCCGCAAGAAAUGGAUCAUGGUCUCGAUUGUAUCACUCUACACCUUUGUGACGCCUCUGGGAUCUUCUAUGAUGGCACCUGCGCUUCCAGACAUUGGCGCCCAUUAUAACAUAACAAGCCAGACGGAAAUAGCUGCGACGCUCAGUGUCUUCCUCAUAACGUUCGCCAUAGGCCCGCUCUUCCUCGCACCCCUCUCAGAAAUUUACGGCCGCUCAUGGGUACUACACAUUGGCAACCUGCUCUAUCUUGCAUUCAAUUUCGGUUGUGCAUAUUCGCCGACGGUCGGCUCUUUGAUUGGUUUCCGGGUUCUUGCUGGUUUUGCAGGCAGCGCACCGAUCGCGUGCGGCGGAGGCACCGUCAGUGACCUCUUCUCAGAAAAAGAGCGGGCCUCCGCAAUGGCCAUCUACUCUCUUGGUCCACUUCUGGGACCCGUCAUCGGACCCGUAGCGGGUGGAUUCAUUGCGGAGACCAUUGGUUUCAGAUAUAUCUUCGUGGUCGUCGCUGGGCUCUCCGCUAUUGCAGCCGUCCUGGGCAUCCCCUUCCUCCGCGAGACGUACCACCCGGUUAUUCGGUUGCGUCGCGCGAAGAAAUCUGGAGACCCGGAGAAGGCCGCCAAAGCGCACCCGCACCUGAUCGCCGAGCAUGGAGGCAAGCUGCACAGGCUUUAUGUCGACAUGACGAGGCCUUUCAUCCUCCUGACGCAGAGCAUCAUUUGCUUCUUACUGAGCGCAUACAUGGCCUUGAUGUAUGGUAUCUACUACCUCAUGUUCGCCAUCUUUCCCGAGGUCUUCACGGGUAUAUAUGGCUUCAGCAUCGGCACAGGCGGUCUGGCGUACAUUGGACUGGGCGUUGGAUUCUUCCUCGCAACGCUGUUCGGCGCGUACUUUGCCGACCAAGUAUAUGCACACUUGGUAAAAAAGAACAACGGCGUUGGCAAGCCUGAGUUCCGCAUCCCUGCCCUGGUCUUUGGCUCGUUCUUCGUCCCCAUCGGUGUCCUCUGGUAUGGCUGGUCGGCACAAGCGCAUAUCCACUGGAUGAUGCCUAUCGUCGGAACUGGCAUCUUCGGCUUCGGCAUGAUGACAACCUUCCUCCCCAUCCAACUGUACCUAGUCGACACCUUCACCUACGCCGCGAGCGCGCUGGCCGCCGCAUCGGUCUUCCGCUCGAUGCUCGGCUUCGCCUUCCCGCUGUUCGGCAGCCAGAUGUUCGCCGCGCUCGGGCUCGGCGGCGGCAACUCGCUCCUCGCGGGGCUCGCGAUCCUGCUCGGCAUCCCCUUCCCCAUCUUCCUCUGGUUCUACGGCGAGCGCAUGCGCGCAAGCAGCUCGCUCGCCCGCUGAGCCACCACAUCGCCUCAGCGGUUUGUGGAUAGACAACAUGAUGGUGGCUCGCCGCCGCCCCCGAACGCCUUCGCGUCCGGCGAUCGCGCGGACGCCGCCCCUCUUCCUGAGCGGAGACUCAGCGGCGGACGGUGGCGCGGGGGAGAGCCGCCUCCAGAUGGAUCUAUGACCCCCUUCACGAAAGCAACGGUACACACUGUAUACUUAACACAGCACCGUAACCUACAUUGCGCCGCCAAUUGGCCGCACGAUAUUCGGAUAGCACGACACUAAUAGAUGAUUCUAAUGCCAUGCGAUCCGGACUUUUCACAUGCCCGC